AUGUCGCGGUCGCGGUCGAUGUCGACCGCUGGCAGCGAUCGUGGAGAUCGCCUCGAACCGAAACUUUUGCGCGCUGCGGAGAACAAUGAUAUCGAUGGCCUGAAACACAUCGUUGAAGUCGCUCGCGACAAGGGGCAGUUGAGUCCGGCAUUCCUGGAACUUGGACUGAUGAGGAGCUGUGAUCGCGGGCGUGUAGAGGCAACUCGAUUCCUUCUGGAAGAGGGCGCAAGCUUUGAAGGAGCCGGAAAUCGUGCGCCUCCAGUGUUUCGCGCAACAGAACGCAACCAGGUGCAGAUUGUGAAACUGUUGCUCGAUGCUGGCGCCACGCCUGAGUUUCGCGACAAGAAAGGUCGAACGGCGCUCAUGACAGCUGCAUGGAAGAACCACUGGCAUGUGCUGCAGCUGCUCAUCUCCAGGGGCGCCGACGUCAAUGCGACAGAUAACCGGAAACGCAACAUCUUGCACAACCUGGCGGCUGACAAGCAGUGUGACUGGGGCGACGAUGUGGUUAAUAUGCUAUUGCGAACGACGUGCGACCUUGGUGCUCGUGAUGAACUCGGCCGGACACCACUGCAUUGGGCCUGCGCAACGGGGAAAACCCAUUUUGCGGAAUUGCUGCUCGAAUGCCCGCACGGCUGUCCAUCAACAUACAUCGAUGCCGUCGACUUGCGAAAUAAGACUGCAUUACAUAUGGCCACUGCCCACGACCGGGAAGACGUCGUGGAGCUGCUGGUGGAGAACGAUGCCGAUGUCAAUGCCCGGAGCGACGGUGGAUGGACCCCCCUUCAUAAUGCCUCUGACAAAGGCUUCCAAAAUAUUGUUCGGCUACUGAUAAAAGAGGGUGCGGACGUCAAUAGUCAAUUGCUGAAUGGUAUAACCCCCUUACACCUAGCCGCCCAGGCCGGUCAUACAGAUGUUGUCGAAUGCCUCCUAGAGCGACCGGAGCUUCGAAGACGCACUCGAGAUACCUUUGGAAGCACUCCCUUCUUGCGGGCAGCCCAGUUCAAGCGGAAAGACAUUGUGAGGCUGCUGGCUCCUUUUAAUCAUGUUGAAGCAUUAUCCGAGGACGCCAUUGGUGCAUGCAAGGGCUUUGACGCGACGAUUGUUGACUUUGGCAACUUUCACAACGAAAAUCGAGUGAAAAAAGUUUCCGUUUACGAACUGCUGUAUGGCCGCGACUCGAAGAACCCUCGUAAACAGGCCAUCGCUACGCUCCCGACGAAUGUGAAGGCAACCGAAUUUCGAUGGAUACACCUGCCUGCUAAUAACAUGGCCUGGGUUGAAGCAUUGAUGACCAAGUCGUUCAUUGAAGAAGGCGCUGGUGAUAUUGAAGGUUUCAAAGGCCUCGAAAAAUCUUUCAAUCACCAGCAUCGCGGACAACGCCCGCAUUCGCACUUUAUGAGACCCCUAUGCCAAAGUACUCCUCGAGCACCGCGGAACAGAGAUGAAGACGAGGAAGGAGAAGACCAAAAAUCUCCGGAAAAGGAAGAAGAUCCAUUGCCGCGCCUGGUAAUCAACGGACCAGCAAUCACCAAACCCCCUGACACGCCGCCCCCUUCUUUCAAAAAACGAGAGACUGGACUGAGCAAGGAAUCCCAGUCACAAGACGACGACAGCGCCUCGGGACGAAAAUCGCGAGGCCAAUCGAAACGCAACAAAAGCGGGAAAGAUGCAUCCAAAAGUGAGAAGAACAAGCCGAGCCACGGCGUUGACAAAAAGAUGCGACCCUCCUUGUCCCCCUCGUUGAGAGAACCGACUCCAACUGUCCGAAGCAACAUCUGCAUGUUUAUGCCAUAUCUCCAUUUUGAGACAACUGAAUGCCAGCAGAAGAUGCGAGAAGCAAUCAUAGAAGCAGAGAAGAGAAUAACACCUCUUCCGAGGUUAACAAGAGAAUCCACACGAGAUGAAAUGUUGAUUCGAGCUCAUGUUAAUUCCUCGAAUGCGUCGCUUCAUGUCCGCCGCACGCUGGACCAGUUUUUUUACCCAAAUAUAGAUACCAAGACUCGCGACACAGAUCAAGUGGUAUAUCGAUAUCAGAAGCGAUGGGAUGAGCAAAUAACGAGAGACCCGAAAAUAUUCAUGGUUGAUCAGUUGUGGAUGUGGAUCCUAGGCAAGAAUCUAAUCGUCACUAGCUUUCCACAGCGGUGGGAGCAACCAAAGAACGAUCCUCUCAAUGUGCUGGACGGGAUUAUUGAAGACAUCAAUUCAAAGACACGCGAGCCGGUACGAUCCGUAUACGAGCUGGCCACUAUUAUCAGCGGUCGUUGUUCGGGUGUCUUUGACCGACAUCGCAUGGGAGAUGAGGAAUACCAGUUCCUAGACAUGUUUGAAUCCUCCAUCGGUACCGCGACAGAUCGCGAGACUGUUCUUUUUAGAGAAUUCAACAUUGCUUCUGCACAAGCUUCAGAGUGGCUGAAGCACCAUCGGCAGCUCAACUUGGGCCGCGGUAGUUAUCUAAGCGGUGACAAUGAUGACGAUGAUGAUGAUGAAAACACGCAGCCACUCUUUGUUGAUAAGUUACUUGAUAUUGGCCAAGAGACAGACCUUCUUGCGGAAGCCAAGGAUAUACGAGACGAGCUCAAUAUGAUCCGCACUGUGCUUGAGUAUCAAAAACAGGUACUAAUUGAUCUUCAAGAUGCGAUAUGUGAGAUUUAUCUCGGACAGCAUAAAUCGCAAAGCGAACUAAAGAAAAAGUUCCGAGAACAACAAAGAAUUGUCGAAAUGCACGUCAAGGACGUCGACCGAAUGGAUAAACAGACUGAACGCAUCUAUCACUCAAUCACAGAUCUGCUCGACCUGAAGCAAAAGCACGCCAACGCUUUCGAGGCACGUUUUGCGCGCGAUCAAGCUGCAGGGACUGCCCGACAGGGGAAAACGAUCAUGAUGUUUACCGUCGUGACAAUCGUGUUUCUGCCUUUGUCCUUUAUAGCUUCAUUUUUCGCUAUCAACGUUGAAGAAUUUCCGCACGAACCGAGUGGGAAUACCAAUCUGCCGAUUUCCUACGUGUCCAAGUACAUUUUCGGUAUCGGAUUCGCUAUUUCUAUUCCUCUUGUCCUGCUCGCUCUCUCGGUUGAUGACAUCCGCCACGGGGCUCGAGCGGUGUAUCGCCGCAUCCGCGAAUGGCGGCUUCGCAACAGACAAGGGCCGAAAAGCCUUCUCCAAACCCGUCAUCAACAACAACAUACCCUCGAUUUGACCAAUAACAAACAAGGCAGCAUGGCUGCCCAGGCACUUGAAAUAGAGCGUAUUCUCAGCGGCGCCAAAGUGAGACAGAGCGUUGAAUCUGAUUAUUUUGGUGGAGGGUUGUUGCCUGUCGCGACGAGGAACACUGCUCGAAGGGGUGCUACUACGACUCCAUUGCACAUAUAUGCAAAUAAUCUCGCCGCUGAAAAGGGGUUCUCUAUGAGAGGAACCAAUAUGAUGUAG